GCACGAUGUAAACUAAGCCUAUUUCGCUUUCCGGAGCAGAGCGACGCUUUUUUUUGCCAGAUUCGUUCGUUUUAAGCAAAAUUGUAUCGAAUAAGCACAACUACAUCGAUAUUUGAAUACCAGUGCCUAAACUGAAUAAUUACCCAGUACGCGUAUCAAGUAGUGAAUUUAAGCUAAUCAGCUAAUGAUUAAAAGCAUUCACUAGUUAUUUACUAUUUGAGACGCGUACCAAGUGCUCGGUGUAAACUAGGCUUAUGAAUACCAGCCCCAUUGUAGACCCGGCUUAAUGGGAAAUCCCAAUGUUAUUCACACAUUUUCGCUGGUCUCGUUUGCUUGAGCGAUAAGAUUCUCAUUAUUAUAUGUGACAUAUGUACCUACAUAUGACAAUUGACAAUUGAAGCGAAAGAUUUGUUAUUUGUAUAUAAACCAUAUAUAACUGGUAACGCAAGUGUAUAUUAAGUUUUAGAUUGGAGAUAAUUACAUGAUUAUGGAGGAUAUGGCUGACGGACAACAGGAAAUGAGUAUAAAACUGAAACUUUCCAAAUUACACUGCCCAUUUACUUGGGAAAUAUUGGACAGUAUGGUAAAACAUUCCACAACACGGUCUGAAAGUAAUAAUGAUGAAAAUGAUUUGAUGAUAGAAGAAACAUGUUAUGCUUUAGAACAAUUAUUAGUAUCUUUGUUUAAAUGUUAUCAAGCUGUGUUAAGUGCAGACAACGAUGAGGCAAGAAGAAGGAUUGAAAAAGCUGAAAACAUUUUAAUUCAGAUUCAUCAAAAGAAGGAAUUUCAUCAAAUGCUAAGAGCGAUUGAACAUGUUUUUUACGCUACAAAAUGUUUCUUUUUGUACGAUGUUGAUAACAUGAAUGAACUGCAAGAAAUAUUGUAUAAUAUUAUCGAUGUCGAAGACUUUAACGAUACAGAAUCAGGUGCUCUGUACGGUUGUAAAAGUGUCGUAUGGUCUUGUUUAAACGAUUUUGGUAUGGACAAAGCGGUCGAUGCUGCUAAGAAAGCGGUUGAAAGGAAUCAAGACUGUCCAUUAUGGCAUUUUAUUCUUGCGAAGAAUCUUAGACGUCAAAGGCGUUUAAUAAAUAUCUCAUCUAACGUGUCUGAACUGGAGAAAGAACAUUUUGAAAUAGCAUAUGCUAUGUCUAAGAAUCAUACAUUUGCAAUGUAUUAUUUGCAAAUGCGUAUUGAAACUUUUCAUAAAUUUAGUAAAGAAAGAAAUUAUAUGAUGAGGAAAAACGCUAAUGAAAGAGAAGUAAUCCAAAUUGCUAAAGAAAUAUUAAAGACGAAACCUACUAAUUAUAAAAUAUUGUUACGACUGACUCUUAUGUUUUUGCGUGCAUCCUCAGAUGAGAGAUUAUCAGCAAAAGAAUGUCUUGAUGCUAUCAAGGAAAUAGCACCAAAUAAUUCUACAUAUCUGCAUUACACAGGGAUACUAUAUGAACAGAGUGGGGAUUACAAAGAAGCUCUAAAGUAUUUUAAGAAGGCUGCCGAAUGUAAUAACUUUGUAGCAGAGUUUUCUUAUAUACGAUAUGGUUGGGAAGUGGGAGAACUGGAACCAUUACCACAUCUAUUAAGAAUGUUGAAGAAAUAUGAGCAAUCGAUUAAAGAACGACAAAUAACUAUACUUUUAGCGAUUGCUGUAGCUUAUUAUUCUCUCCACAAAGAUAUACCAAAUGCAGCGGAAUAUUUUUUAAAAGCUCUUACUGUGGAUCCAUUAAGCAAAAAAUUUGAGAUUUAUUAUCAGUGCCUUGAUUUUAGUACUGUGAGUAUUUCAUCUUUUUUAAACAAUCAGUUUUGUCCUCUUCUCGAGAAAAAAUAUUCAAGAACACUUCAAAAAAUAUCUGAGGAAAUAAAAAAACUGUUGUGUGUAAAGGAUAUGAAUAAUUUAGUGGGAGAAUUGUGUGACUUAUCUGUAGAUGUCAAAGAAAAGAAUUCUAUUUUAAAUACUAUUUAGAAUUAUCGAAAUAUUUUAUAAGUUAUUGCUAUUUUCAAUAUUUUAAUUUUAUGUUUUGUGGCAUGAUAUUAUAAAUAUUAUUAAAUAUUUUGUCUAUAUCCAAUACUUCAAUGUAUUUAAAAUAUAAAUAAAUUUUAAUUUGUACUAGUCCAAUAAACAGAAAACAUUAAAGUAUAUAAGAAAUGUU